AAUCCCCCUCUGACCCAUCGUACUGUUCGUGGACACACUACGGUUCUGCACUGUGGAAAUUCAGGGGUAACAGUGAUUACUGCCGCUAGAUGGAAACGUGUCACGACAGCGCGGAGUGUCCUGAGUGGGCUAUAAUAACCAGAGGACGGAGCUGAAAGACUUCGACAGUCCUGAGCUGAGAGGACUCACUGAGAGUCAGACCGCAACAUGAACUCAUCUCAACAAGUGGUAUUUGACAAGCCCAAGGUAGGUGAACCAGAACCGAACCGUUUUAUUGACUUAUUCAUGAGAGAAGAUGAAAGAUUAACGACGCCAGUUCACCUGUUCGCGCUUUUACGCACGGUAUCUCUGCGUAAAUAUGAGUCCGAAGACAAGAAGUACAAUCACGGGGGUGAAAUGUGAAGAAAUGUCAGGGUUUAACUUUAAAAAAUGAGGUUGAUUUCCUGUAGGGAUUGUUUAAUUUCCGUAAUUUUUAAAAAAAGGAAGUCAGUUUUUUAGUUUUUCUGCUGAAGGCGUUCAAAGCUGAAGAGAUUUUCACUCAAACUUCUGCACUUGUCUCUGUUUUUAUCUGUUUACAUGGAUGUUAUGAAGGCGCACGUGUGUCCAGCUGACUUUAAGUUGUAAAAAAAAAUUCAACUUUCAAUUCCUACAUUUUGUGCAGCCUCAUAUCUUUGUGGUAACUGUUCCUCAUUAGCUGUAGGAGAUGUCUAGAUGUCUAGAUUGCAUAACACAGUCCUCAAAGUGAAAGAUACUGUUACUUAACAUAUCUGUCAAUGUACAGCACAGCCUCUGACUAUGGUUGCUUGGUGCACUUUGGCGACCUUGUAAUGCUGACGGUGCAACACCUGGUCGGUGGUGAAGGCUGAUAAGGAGAGGAAAUGACCUGAAGAAGAGUAAAGAAGAAGUGUUUCUGUUGCUAAGCAUGUUGGUGAUAUAUCGUAAUCAUUGUAUCGUAAAAGGAGAGGACUCUGGGAGUGCUGGCAGCUCAUAGAGAUAAUCUCAUUAAUUAUUAAUUUGUAGGAGUAGAAGUGAUACCAUGUUCGUCCCUCUGACCUUCACCUGUGUGUCUACAUCAGUCUCAUGUUGGUCACUAAGGAGAGGAUGCGCUGGACCGACACUUUACUGUCAUGUAUGAGAAACUGAGGCAUCAAUAUUAGAAUCAGACGGCUGAAUUUAUUGACUCUGCCGCCUGUGCCAUGUGCAGACUAGGGCGAUUGCUGGUGCAACUUCCUGCCUCAGACCUCGCUGCACGACUUCCUCUCCUCGCCACUCACCACCUUUGCAAUUCAAAUCACUCUAAAGGCAAAAGAUGCCCGUUAACAUGGUUUUAUAAAUUCAGGCUUUUUGUUGGUUUAAUGAACGCAAAAGAAAAUCUCAAGACAGUAAAUUAAAAAUAUCAGAUUCUCCUGGGUGAUGACUUUUUAUUGACCGUUGCCAAUUACCGUGGCUGGUAUCCAACAUUGAGCUGAUUAUCUGCAUGGGUGUCUGAAACUAUUAGAGAGAUGUUAAGUUUAGCUAUUUCUUCCUUUUGGACCAUCAGAGGUCGAUUUCAAACUGUUGGCAUAAAUUUGUGGUCUCCCUGUGGUCUAAGUAACACCACUCAUUUCCCGGCUGAUCUCAUCCUCUACACGCACCGGUGUGUUUCUGACGAACUACCUCAUCUCACUUUCCUGUAAAAGUCAAAUAUAUCACACCAGUGCGGGUACUUCCUGUGCAAAUAGUUAGAGACAGUCAUUUCAUCUGACAGAAUCGAUCAGUGGUGUUGCUCAUGGGUUUGUAGGCAUCAGCUGUAGUUUCAGUCUUUCUCAUAACCGCUGUAAGACUCCUCAUAGGAGCCUAAAGUAAAAAAAUCAUUUAGUUCCACAGUUACAUCUGCAAAUGCUGUUUACAUAUUAAAGUGACAAAGAAAAGCAGCAACUGAGAGUGAAGAGCAAUGAUGUUAUUUCUAUCUUCUACUGUUGACUUUUCCAUCAGACAGUCGAUUCGUCACUUCACUUUGUAAGAUGGCAGAAAAUUUUCUAAGGCGUUUGGAUCUACAGUGAUGUCUCCAGGAAAAGUGUUGUCAACGUCAAACACGAGUUAGACCCCCCCCCCUCCAGAGAUGAAUGUUGUCGACCGCUUGCUUCUUUAGUUUUACCAACUUUAGUAACAACCGCAGGAUAGAAAUACACAGCGGUCUGAGGAGCCAUAAACAAACCUCAACCAAAACGCCACUCUAUAGCCACAAAUAAUGCUCAGAACAGCACCUAACUUCAUCAACAGGACAUAUAGGGUCACAGCCAUAGGACUAGACACCAAACAACAUUACGGACUACAGCGGGGUGCCGCAGUUCAAGGAAGAACAUUUAUGAUCAUUUCUUUAUCGUUUCCUUGAAGUAAUAAUCACCAUAUUGAUCAUUUUACUCUGCAGACACGGUAGUUCUUCUGCUUUAGCGUCUCGGUCUGAUUGUAUUUCCAUGAAGAAAUGAUCACAAAUGUUCUUCCUUGAGCUGCGGCACCCCGCUGCAGUCUGUAAUGGACUGGCCUGAGGUCUCCAUACAAACAAGCGGCUGCUGGAAGAGAGUAGGUGAGUUGUGUUUAGUCUCUUUGCUAAAGAAAUGAGUCAAAGUUAAAAAGAUGUUUGGUGUCUAGUACUAUGUCUGGGACCCUAUAUGUCCUGUUGAUGAAGUCCUGUGUAUUGCUAUCCUGUGGUCAUUACUAAAGUUGGUAUAACUAGAGAAGAAGCGGUCAGCAACAUUCAUCUCUCGAGUGGUUGUCUAACUCGGUGUUAUGGUGUGUUUGACCCUAAACUAAUUUUACGCUGGAAUAUCCCUUUAAAGUCAUUGUCCUGCAGGAUCUUCUGCGCGUACGUGCUGAACGGGUGAACCGAGGACUUCCUGUGACUGAUGAUGUGUUCGGCAGCUGUUUACUGUCAGUGGACAGUUCAGUGACAGCAAGGCGUUUCAUACAAAACAGAUGUUAACAUGAAGAUAAUCAAAGUAAACACGACUUUAUCUUCCAGACGUUUUGGCACAAACAUUUGAACAUCAUCUGCAUACAGACCCUUUUCUGUUUCUGUCUCUUUUCUGAUGAUUCAUACAUAAAAUUUGUGUCAAAACAUCAUCUGUAAAAACUGACAAAUGACCCUUAAGUGUAUUCAGAUAUGAAAACCACUUUGUUUACAAGAAUACAAAUCAAUAACUCAGAAAACAAAACUCUGGAUUUGAAAAGGAGUAAUUAUGUAGUCGUUAAUCAAGAUAUUCACAUCUGCUAUUGAAAGGACGGCUGUGUGAUUAUAACCAUCUAGUUUUUUAGUUUAUGAAAGUUCAACAUCUCUCUUAAACAUACACUCUAGUUUAUGAAAGUGUAUAUUAAAAAAAAAAAACACAGAUUGUGUUUCUGUUGAAAUCUAUUGAGUAACAUCUUUUGGCCGAAUCUUCUCAAAAAGUUCUUGUACUUUUUUAAUCACUACUUUACGCUCAGACUGUUCUUGGAUUGAACUUUACCUGGAAAGUUACCUGGUGACUUUUUAAACAAUAAUUACAUAUCUUCAAAUAUUUUACAAGAAAGGGGAGGCAGCAUCUUUACUUCCGAGGUGAUCUUUUCAGCUCUGUUAGUGAGUAUUUUCAGCGUGUUUCGACCUUUACCACAGAUUCAAACUCAGAGGAAAGAACAGCUGGAGUUGUCCAGAACAACAGCUGGAUGAUGCUCAGCUGAGGUCAAGAGUCUCUUCACUGACUGCUGUGUUAAACUCUAAAAUCCAAAGGGAGUUACAAGUCGUUCUUACAAAUGGAUGUUUGAUUGAACUUUCACAUAAGGAGCUCAACCUUCUUGAAAGAUCCUCCCUGAAGACACGACUCCGAGCCUGAUAUAUCUUUAUUUUCAUACGACAGGAAAUCCAAGUUUAGAGACACUUUAGGCCUGUGAGUUUGAGAUUAAACUGCACUAACUGACAAGAACUAAACAUCCAAUCAGCUGUCUCGCUGCAUUUAAAACUGAAUUGUUUCACUGCAGUUUGCAAGAAGGAGGACUGACACUGAUAUCAAGAUAAACAAAGAGGAAAUAAAACCAAACAGGAAAUGACAAACAGCAAAGAUUAAAGAUACGAUUAGACACUUUUUUUGAGAACAUAAAAUUGGUCAAUCAAAAUCUUUAACAAAUAUCUGAAAAAGCGUCUCAUUUGAACGUUUUAAUGCCAACUAUGUCACUGGUACAACCUAACCGGUUAAACUAGAAGGUAAUCCAUCAGAGGUGCUAAAGGGGGUACCACAGGGAUCAGUUCUGGGCCCACUAAUAUUAACAUAAAUUGUCUUGGAAAUAAAGUCCCAAAUGCUGUUUUACGCCUCUAUGCUGACGACACUGUCAUUUAUUGUUCUACAUCUUCACAGAGGAAUUGAAUCUCGCGCUCUACAAACUUGAAUAGUGUCUCCUCACAGAAAACCUCAUCCUGCUGAUUUUUUGACAGCAAAAAUUAUUACUUUUUUGUAAGAAUUCAUCAUAAAACCAGGGCUUCAUUGACACCUCACACCAGUUUCAGGAAUCAAAAAUUACAGCAUGGAAAUCGUUGAUUUCCUCACUGAUGGUCUUAUUUGCUUUUGUAAAUCAUUAAAAGGCAUUAAUAAGAAUUUAAGGCAGAAGUAAUGCACAGGCCUCGACAGUGCAACCAUUUUACUCACAUUUGUGUGCGAAUUGUAAAAUGUAUCUAGGGGCACAUGUGCGCAUAAAAAAAAAUUAGCCAAGGCGACAAAUGUUUUUUCAUGUAAAAAACGCGAUGAAUUUAGUUUUAGGUUGGAUAUCCGACAGACAAUCACUGCGGAUCUACCGGUGUCUUCUCACUCUGCAUAACCGCUAAUAGCAACAGCAGCGCGGUUAAAUCUACUCGGCACCCUCGCUGUCAACGUCGGUGUUGAAUAAGGGACCAUCAAUAAAUUACCGGUUGAUGUUCUCAGAAAAGGCUGUUUUCGUUUAAUAGCUUCCAUGUGAUGUGACCAAUUGACCUGAAAUUAAAUUUCAAAUAAUAGCACUAAGGUCGGACAAUAAGACACGCCUCUUUAUUUCCCUAAUCUGUCCUCUAAAAAAAUGUUUGUGUUAAAUUUAAAGGCAAAUUUUGAACGUUUUCGCCAAUAACUUUCAUGUCAUGUGACCAAAAGACGUGAAAUUGAUUUUAAAUAAUGGUACUCAUGUCGACCAAUAAGACAAAAAUUAUUUGAUCAAAUUUCAUUGUGCCCCUAAAGAUCUUUAUGUGCUCCUUGUGAAAAAAGUUAGCAUCAAGCCCUGAUACAGACAUCAAUAUAAGAUAAAUUGAGGGUUUACCUUCCUCGUCAUCUUCUGUUCCGACCAAGAAUUUCAAACUAAGAGUCUUUUUUUUUUUUCACCCAAAUCCCACUUGGACUAAUGAGGCGGCGCUUGUUGUUGAUGAAGGAGGGGUGUGGACUCAUCUGUGUCAUCUGCCAGAAUAAAUCAGAGCUCACAGCCCGACACAGAGCCAGAACAUUUACUCCUCCUUGACCCUGGUCUGGCACUCCAAGCUUUUUCACCAUCACUGCCCAGUCAUGCGUAAUGCAUUCAUGCCAAAACACUGAACUUCAACAGCCACACACCACUGCUCUCUCUUUCUGCUGUUUUUGUCGUGACCCAUCUGACGUUUAAAUACACUGAAUAUUAAAAAAACAUCCAUUUAAUUCAAAUUUACUGUCUAAUUACUCAUCCUCUCAUCCUCAGGUAGAGCUACAUGUGCACCUCGAUGGAGCCAUCAGGGUUCAGACCAUCCUCGAGAUUGCAGAGUAAGUCGCCUACCUUCAUUCUGAGUUAAUAUAUAAUGAAUUUCACGUUUAAAUCCAACUUCUCCUUGUUUCUUUUUCUCCCUCCCCUCCUUCUAGGAGGCGUGGCAUGUCCCUACGAGCAGACACGGUGGAGGAGAUGACGAAAUUUAUCAUCGUGGAAACACCCGGCACCCUCACUAGCUUUCUGGGCAAGUUUGAAGAGUACAUGCACGUGAUCGCGUAAGUCCUGAUACUGCUGUCAGUGAUUUAGUUUCAUAACUACCAAAGGUGUUUCCUCGCUAAGCAGGUGACAGGAAGUACAAAGGGCUAGAUUUGACGGAUUAAGAGUCACAUAAGUCUUACUCCAACUCAGGUUUACACUUACAGAAAUUAGGGAGUUUGUAAAAGUGUUCACUGACAACACGACGAGGGUCAAAGUUCAGUCACACACCCUAUCACUGGAAUGCAGGCAGGUUUUACAGCCUAUACGCUUGUUUUGCAUCCUUAGUCUCCUGGCAGCAGAGUGUUAAGUAGACUGACUGUUUCAGGAUGCAAUACUCAGCAGGAUUAUGCAACAUAACUCUACAGCACCGUGGGGGAGUCGACUUUACAGCCUGGACAGGAAGACAUCAUUAUUAAGAUUAAGUGUCACCUUGGCAGCCAAACUAAGAGGAGAGUAAACUUCUUCAAGGACGUUUUCCGGUUUUACUUUGUCUUAAAUUGAGUCCUGCAGCGACAGAACUGAACUCAGACCAAACUCAGUCUUUUAGACGUUCAACAGCCGUGAAAGCGUCGAACAAUGAUAGUCUGUCGAGACCGGACUGCAGCGAGUAGCUUAAAUGAAUAGUCCCCUGUGUGCUGUGUAGAUUCAACAACAAUGGAAGGUGCUGGCUGAGUUUAGCUCAUGCUGGGUUGUUGUAUGUGAAUAGUGGCGUUCUGAUGAGUUGUGGUAUGUAUGUAUGUAUAGACGACGGAGAACAAGAGGCAUUCAGGGCUGUAGUUUGAGUUUUCACUGUCGGUGUAAAUGCUGGAAGAGGUGUUGUAUGUGGGACGUAAAGUGAGCGGCUGAUUCUAAAGGAAAGCUGUGGUCCUCUUAACAAUAUCACUAAACUACUCUGAGCUGAGCAUGUGCAGAGCAGAUGGAUCUCUCAGUGCUGAGAACAAAAGCAGGAAGAUUUUAUUGCUUUUUUGACAGUCCAACCUUCUGAAGUCAAGAUGUUUCCAAUUAAAGGCCGUCAAACUGGCUGUCAAACAGAUGAGAGAAGAAGAAGCAGCUGCUAGUGAGCAAGCUGUAACAGCCCUCUGAGAGAUGAUUAAAAACUUACAAAAAAUGGCCUUAACAACGUUAGAGCUUGAGCUUCUUCGGGUCAUUUAAGACUUUUCCAGAAGUAGCGUUUCUUUCAAAAUAAAGCUCGGUUUUACAGAGUAAAAUCAAGACAGAAAACAUCCAAAAUGACAUUUCUGUUAUCAGGCAGUUUCUCCCCUGACGACCAUUUUGUAACACAGUUGAUGAUGUGACUUAAUCGCAAAUUUGGACAUCAUUAGAUAGGGGUGUCCCAAUCCAAUAUUGAUAUUGAUCCAAUAUCAGCAAAAAAAUGGAUAUCGGCCUUCAUCUCUGAUAUCAGCACUCCAAUACAAGCAGUCCAUUCCAGACUUCACUCCAGCACCUCUAGCUUGCAGCGCCCUGAUCCAGCAUGCAGAGCCCAUGUGAUCACAACAACAGUGUGUACUAAGUAGGGCUGGGCAAUAAAACAAUAACAAUAAAUAUCGAAAAUGGAUUUCCUUCAAUAUCAAUAUAAAACAUGGUCAAUAUCCUUUACGAUAGUCGGCAUUCUGCCAUGUUUUGGUAGACUCUACGAAUAGCCAAUGAAAAGGGGAGUUGCUCCGGGUCUGCUUAACCAAGUAUCAACCAACUGCGUCGUAGCAGACAGCAGCUACACCCAACCAUCGCACUUUAACAGGUGGAGCCGACAGCACUGUUGGUGAGAAACAAAGAAAAUGAGUGCUACCCCCGACAGAAAUGACCAUGAAGGCUCAACAGAUGACCACAUCGUCGACCACAUAAUUUGACUGAAUUUGCUGUUUUAAAGUUACUGCCGUAGUUUUUCUGAUCGGUAAGCAAAGAAUUAAAUUUGUGUUUCUUUUUCCAGUGGAGACAGGGAGGCCAUAAAGAGAAUAGCCUACGAGUUUGUCGAGGACAAAGCCAAAGAGGGAGUGAUUUAUGUGGAAGUCCGAUACAGCCCACAUCUCCUGGCGAACACUCAAGUAGAUCCGAUACCCUGGGACCAGACAGAGUGAGUCCAAUCCACAAAUCUGCAGCCGUAAAUUAAACAUGCACAGAACUUUAAAGGCUUUAGGAUAAUUAAACCUGGUUUUCUUUUUUUUCCAGAGGUGACCUGAGCCCAGAUGAGGUGGUGCACCUGGUCAAUGAGGGCCUCAGCGAGGGGCAGAGGGCCUUCAAUAUCAAUGUCAGGUCCAUUCUAUGCUGCAUGCGCCACAUGCCAAGUAAUGAACUGUUCAUGCACCUGUCAGCCCAAACAACCUUGUGAGAUAAGGUUCCUAAAUGUACUGUCUUCCCUCUCUCAGAGCUCUGCUUCCAUGUUUUUAGUCAAGUUCACACAGGCUCUCACUUUUUUCUUGGUUUGACAUGAAACUUGAGAACGAAGAUGAUAAAAAAAACUUCCUCCUAUUUUGUUUGGCAUAGAUGUGAUAGUAAACUUUUCUCCAAAUUCAGAGUUUUAAAGAUGUCAUAAACAUGUCGAGGGAAACAAACUCCUAAACAAGAAUUCAAGGAGUCCAAACUUUUGCAAGAUUCUUGGAAAGUCUGUAAGUUUGUUCCAUCAGGGCGUCAAGUUACUAAUUUCCCCAAAGAUCAGACAACAUCUUUGGUUCGUAGUGAAGUUUUGACACCAUUUGGUAUCUCCAUCUUUGGAUCAGCACAUCGUCUUAAACUGCUUCUUCAUGCAGCUGCUUCCUGACUAUAAACCAGAAUCAAUGAUUCAUAUCUGUUGGUCUGUUUUCACUCUUCGUCUCUCCAAAAAGCAUGCUGCAAUGUCCCGCUGUGGUUACAGACAUUUUUAUACGAGAGACUCCCUCAGCACAUGGAGGUUUUCUUACUCUGUCAUUAAACCAGAAAGGCUAUUUAAGGAAAAGAACAAACUGAAGUCAGACUUUUCAUUUGUGCAUGUCAGAACGAAGGAAUCCAACAUUUCAAUGCAUAAUCAAAUACAUACAAAUAUCUCCAAAAUGCAAAGUCUGUCAUUACUGAAGCAUCAUCAGUAAUGACUGUGCUGACCAAACUGUGUUUUAAUGUUCUGUUUGAAUCCUGCAGACUGGUCCAUGGAUGUCGUGGAGCUGUGUAAGAAGUAUCGCCACGAAGGAGUGGUCGCCAUCGACUUGGCGGGUGACGAGUCUCUGAACUGUGAAACCAACAGCGGACACAAGUACGCCUACGAGGUGAGCGCGAGAAACACUCAAAUAAACACGGCGGAUUUAGUUAUACAGACUUGAAUCAAACUAUAAAAACUUUGGAUCUACUCUAUGAAACAACAGUUUUAAUUUAGAGCAGAUUUCCUUUCAGUGUCUGUUUAUUUUGGAGGGAAUUUAACCUUCUCUUCCAGUUUAAAAUUGUCUUUUAUUCCAAUUUUUAGACAAUAUUACAUCAACAAAUCAAGAAACUGACUGGCGUGUUUCCUCUUGGCGCCCUCUCCUUCUUCAGGGCUGUACUCUGGACUUGUUUGUUUGGUUUAGUCCAUGUGAAUGAGACCGACAUCAGCUUUAAUACACAUAAAAAGCAACUAUAGUCUUGUUUUGAAGGAACGGCAAGUGAUUCACGCAACUGGAUGGCCCAGCCAGGCUAUUGUUUUGUACUGUGACUGUGUUUCUGAUUCAUUCUGGGAUUAUUUUCAACUACAUAAAAAAGAAAUAUAAUCACACGAAGAACAAUGUGGAAACCGAAAUGAACUGCACACCUUGACACUGAAGUCGAGUAAUCCUUUUUUUAUUAUUUUGAGCUCAGUGAGUCAUAAAAAUAAGUCAUAAGCCGCAGAGUCGAGCGUCUACUCCCACAGAGAAAUACGGCUGCGGUACAUCACAUCAGCAACUCUCAGGAUUCUUAUAAAGAUUGUGGACUCCAAUAACUAAAGAGAUGAAGGGAGAUGGUUUCCUGUUUGCUUUAUCAGCAGGUUUGUUCACCAGGAUGUAUGAAACCAGGACGGUGAAUUUUUACAGAUAAAUCUCACUGAGUCUAAAUUUUAACAAAAGACACCUGCAGGUUCAAACUAUCACCAACUUUCCUCCUUAUCGGGUCGGAUUUUAACGCUUUUGUUUAUAAUUUAACAUCCUUAAUUCCUUAGAUUUCUAACAUGAAAGCUUUUUGUUCUAGUUAAGAAAUGGAGACUUAUGAACACAUGAAUCCAAGAUGCUGACGGUGAUGAAUGUCAAAUCUGCUGAAACCUGUAUGUUAGCGUUACUGUAAUGACUGUUAGUUUGCUCAAGUUACCGCUGUGACGCUCCAAAAGAACUUAUUUCCUGCUCGCUGAAAGACAAACUUAAAUUUCUGCGAGACAAAUAAUCUAAUGGAGGGAAAACACCCGGAAAAACGUUUAAAUUUAUCAAAAUUAACCUGAUGAGUCUGAACUGGUUUGUUGACAAUCUUACUUUGGGCUUUUCUGGACAAGACUGCAAACCUAGAGCCUACAGGACUCUUGUUACCCUCACAGGACUAGCAGGUAACUACGGGUCAGUCAGCCAGUAAAACAGGUUUGAUGUUUAAUGUCCACAAACAGGCGUAGCUGAGGUACAGAAGUCUUUGCGAGAGGAUUUUCUCUCAUCAAAAAUUAGUCUCAAGCUGUAAAUGUCUUAAUCUGUAACUUACACAGGGACGGAGUAAACCCUCAUACUCACAAAUCAAUUUGAGCUAAAGCUCUGAGGCCUCUCAGGAAAAUCCAAUUUGGUUUUGAGCCGGCGUUUAUUGAUUAUUUCAGAGAAUCCCUCAGUAAGUAAUGAACUUUGUCUGUCGGAGCGUAAUGAGCGAAAGAGAUUAAUCGGUUAAUUCACUACAGCACCGGGCGUGGACCGAAUCUUAUCUGAAAUUAAUCGCUCGCAUUGAUUCUGGAUGGGUGGAGUUGACGUCAUGUGGACUAAUCACAAUUUUUCUUCAUUUUUUACUCUAAUGAGCAAAUAAUUGCUGAUUGGACUCAUGACUUCUUCCAUCUUCUUGCCAGAAAACUGUUUUUAUGCUGAAAAGUGAUAUUAUUAUGAUUUGAUUGAGUCCGUUUGUCAGCUUGACACUGAUAAUGAAGUUAAAAUAAAACCAGCCUGAGGUCCUUGGAGCCAAAACAGUCAGUCAGUCAUAAACUGACCAUAAAAACGAACCGUCCACUCCCUUCUUAUCAAAAGUAAUCAGAGAUUAAUCCUGCUGCCUCUUCAGUGAUUUUAUAACUGAAACUCCCUGAACAAACUCAGAUUUCAGAGUUUCAGUUACAUACUUGUAUUUACACUUUAUUUCUAAUUUGGCUGUUUAUGACUUUAAAUGGAUGUUUAUUUGUACCUAGUUUUAGAUUUUGAUGUUGGUUUUAGAUGCUUUUAAAUAUGUUGUAAAGAUUAUUCUGUUGGCUUUAGUUGUUACUACUAGCAGCUGAACCUGAAGAGAAACUCGACUUAAAUCCCUGUUUCAGGAUUUUCUGUUUAAUUUUCCCUCCUGAAGUAUCGUGUCUCUUUGAAGUACGUUCCAAACGUAGAGUCAUGCCGCCCAGCUGGAUCGAUAUUGAUUAUCGAAGGCGUUUUAAUAAUUAACAAGAAGAAGAGCUCAAAGAGCAGAGUCCACGCUAAUAUUGAGGGUUAUCGUCAUAGCGACAUGACCUCGAGAUACAUGAGUGUAGAUUAAGAAAGACUCGGCGUGUCCAAGGUUUAAAUGCCAAAAUGAAAACAGAUGAUUAGACCAGUCGUCCACUUUAUCUGAGACAAACUCCACAGUCAGCCAGGUCUCUGAUUAUUACUCUGAACUCAUUCACCUCUUUAAAGCAACUCAAAAAACAAACUAUUUUCUGUCUCUGACCAAAACUUGUGUUUCAAACCUGAUUACAACAUAAAUCAGGACCGCGAUGACAAAGAGAGCUACAAAAGAAGAAGCUCUGGGGGUCCUGGGACACAAAAAAGGCGUAAAGAGAACCAACACUAACCCCAUAAGCAUGUGCCCAGUUGAAACCUCAGCAGGAGGAACUUUCAAAGUUCGUUUUUUCUUCUCACCUGCACAGUAUCACUCUCUGAGCCAGUCAACUGUGUUUUCUCUCCAGAAAGCAAACAGAGCAAAUCAGGGGAUCUGGACUCAGUCUUAGAUUUAACAUCUGUACUGAAAUACGUCAGUCCAGUGGGUGUUGAGGCUGAGACAGAGCCAGUUUGUGUGAGCAAGAGCACCCUUGGAGGUUUUACACCUCAAAUUUAGACCUCAUAAAGAGCUUUUUAGGCCGCACAGAAGCUUUUAAAAGUCUAUAAACACACCUUUUCAGACAGCUUAUUCAUACAUUAAUGCUCUAUAAUUGAUCGUUCGCUUCAUCCUGGACCUCUAGAUCUUUAAUUUACCCCAAGCUCCUCUUUGUUGUCCAUCUUCUGUUCUACCUGAAGCACUUUGGGACCUAACUGACUCACCUGCAGAUGCGUUUAAAAAACAAUAACCAUUCUUCGAAGCACCACAUUUUAACAAGCGAGUGUUUCACGAUAUCUCCGCAACAUGAUCUUCCUCCUGGGAGAAGCAGGCGUGUACAAAAUGAUGUAGCAGAUUGCUGCAGCGUUACAGAUGUGAAAGCCACAUGUUUGUUUGAUUACUGAUGUGUUCCCCCCGAUUGAUUGUGUUGACAGGAAGCCGUGCGCAGUGGGGUCCACAGGACGGUGCACGCGGGAGAGGUGGGCCCGCCGUCCGUGGUGAAGGAGGUGAGCGAAACGACAAUAACGUGAGAUAUUUCUGAACAGGGUGGCGGAGUCAUAUGAGAAGCUAAUUACCUCCACCUUGCAGCGAGGUGAAACCGGUAACAGCAGCUUCGCCAAACAAUGAAGUCACACACUGACAAUAGUAAUGAGAUACGCAGAUACCAGGGGUCCAACGAAAAGAAACAUAACGGCUUGUUUUCAACUCUGAAGCAGUCACGGGAAGUUACAAAGUUCAGAUACAAUGCUACUGCGUGGAAGUUCAGGUGGAGGGUCUCUGCACUUAACCUGAUGAUUUAUUAUUAAAAAAAAGAACCACCUCAACCUCAACGUUUGGACAAAUAUCUGCACUUCCUACUCCUUAUCUUUCCAGCCAGGCUUGUUAUUUUUUCUGCUUCAGUCUGAGGAAGUUAUGGAUAACUCCGCUGUCAUUUGGCGUUGCUGCGAGGUGACUUUCCAACACUGAGACUGAUUUCAACCCAAAGGAUGCGACAAUAACAGAGAGAGAGAGAGGACAAUAUCAUAUCAAAGAGGGAGAAUUAACUUUCCAACUGAUUCAAUCUGGGUAUACAGUUGUUUUUCUAUCUGUAAUGAUGAUGAUGAUUGAGUUCAAUGAUCUCCUAAAACAUCACAAGGUUCUGAAGUGAAGGCCAAGUCUACUUAAAAACAACCAUUAGUGUGUGGUGUGUGCCACAGCUGAUUCCUCUUAAAUCUUGUGGAGUAAAACGAUGUGUCAGUCGACCUCGGCUCCCACAAAAAGAAACCACUCUCUAAGAAACCAUCUUCCAAGCUGACAGCGCUGCAAUUCCUCUGCUGGGAGUGUGCCUUUAAAAAUAGCUCUAAGAUUCUGCUGCUGUUACAAAAUACAUCCAAAGACAUUUUUGAGGCCCAUGACCUCCCGUCUCUUCCUCCUGACCUCUGUCUGUCUCAUAUUUUUAAGGCCGUAGAAGUUCUGAAAGCUGAGCGGGUUGGACACGGCUACAGAACCCUGGAGGACCAGGCCCUGUACAGAAAACUGCUGGAUCAGGACAUGCACUUUGAGGUAAAGAAACAUCACGGAUUAUUGACAUUUUUUUGGUAAAGCUACAUCCUAGAUCGGGUUUUGAAUUCUGCAGGAAUAAACAAUCGCUCUGAACUCACAGAGAUGAAGCGCAUUCAUUCUGGAAACUCAUUUUUGUUGGAAAAUCACUCUGAUUUAAUGUCGCAAAUUAUCGACAUUUGGGGGUUUAUGAGUCUGUAUAAGGUGCUACUGUUUAGCUGGUUUAAUACCUUUUAUACUCUCAGAUCACCUUUCAAUAACACUUCCAAAACGUUCAAUACAGAUACAUUAAAUAUUAUAAUCAGUACUGUUUUAGUACCUUCCAGCAGGAUUAUAGAGAAAUGCUGACCCCUUGUGGAGCUUUAAAUAUCACUUAUAAAAGAAGACAAACUGCAGUCAUGAGGCCUUCUACCUGUGCUAUUCUGUUUACAGGUGUGUCCCAUUUCCAGUAAGCUAACAGGCGCCUGCAACCCAGACUUCACCAAGCACCCCGUUAUAACGUGAGCUGUUUAUCUUACAUGGCAUGCAUGAAAUACACUGAUAUUAAACCAGAUCUGUUUUGUGCAUUUCAUUCAUUUUUCUGUGGAUGUCCUCAUUUCCUCUGUGCAGGUUCAGGAAGGACAAAGCUAACUACUCCCUGAACACAGACGACCCUCUGAUCUUUAACUCCACCCUGCACCUCGACUACAACACUGCACAUGAAUACAUGGGAUUCACCGAGGAGGAAUUCAAACGGCUGGUGAGAUCAAAAGCAUGAAUAAUAAUAGCUGGAGUUCACAGUAUGAAGGCCUGUGAAUAUGGGUUGGAUUAAAAGCGUGGGGCUGGAGACGCCACGUGCAUGGCGAUGUCCUCCUCAGCUGCUCAUUAAAGCAGGAACAAAAGCAGACAUUAAAGAGGUCUGUGAUAGAGAAGCUUCACAUGCUGAUUUAUUUUGAACAGCAGGUGAGAAAUCGUGCUUCACAUCCAGGUAAAACCAGGGCUGUGUGUCAGGUCAAACUAACCUGUUCAAGGUUUUAUUUUUGUAUUCAUGAACAUAUUUUCAACUGUGAGCCUUUUGCAAACACUGACUGUAUGCUUCACUGUGUCUUAGAACAUCUGUUCUGCAAAGUCGUGCUUCCUACCUGAAGAUGAGAAGGACGAGCUCCUCCACAAACUGUAUGAAGCCUAUGGGAUGAUCCGAAGCACUGCCUUUUAAACCCGACGGGGAAGCCGCGACCUCACCCAGGGACACUCUGAAUCACUCCUGAACCCCGAUCCCCACCGGACACCAUGGAAUGUCUUCAUCUUCACCUGUGACCGAACAUUGAGCCUGUAGAAAAAUAUCAAAUGUCCCGUUUAUCACAUGGCUGCUGCCUUCACCUCACUUACCUGUACUUGAUCAGUUUACAUUUUGUCAGUAUUCCUCCUGAAUCUAUUGAAACCCUUAACUGUUUACAGUGCAAAUCCCAAGGGGAUGUGAUGAUGAUUUGCAAAGUGGAAAAAUCAUAGACUGUAUAUACUAUGGACAACCUGGUUCCGCCUUCCGCCUGUAUACGGAUUUGAAGCCAAAAAGCUUUCGGUAAUUCCGGGUUGUUCUCCACUUCCUUGAAACCAGAGCUGUGCAGUAGCAAUGCGCGCAUUCGGCCGCGCAGUCGCCGAGAGUCCCUGUGAUGACGCUCGGCUCAAACAGCGUAUCCCCCCAGGUGAGCUACGCAAUCCCUGAACGCCCAUAGGCUGUAUCAGGUGUCAAUCAUAGAAAACAUGAACCCCCUGAUAACUUUUAAAAACGGAGCUGUACCGAAAAAAAGAGGACUUGAACACAAACCAGUCUGACAGUAACUACAUGUCAACAUCACAACCAGGGGGGAGAAAAAUUUAUGUUCUGUGUAAUAAAUUUCUAAAGUUUGUCCACAGUCCCAUAAGCUUUGCUGGUGGAGGCGGGAUUUAUGACCUGUACUGUAGCCAACCAUCAGAGGGUGCUGUUCUCGGAGUGGCUUCACCCAGCGAGGAGGCAGACUCUGUCCAUUCUUUAUACAGUCUAUGGGAAAAAUACAGUAUACAAGUUUUUUGUGUUGUUUUUUUUUAAACCGUAUUCACACUGCAACUAUUUUCUUCAGCCUCUUUGAGACUUUAAACUCUGUGGUAUAUCUGACAGCUAUCUUUCCAGGGUUUGUUGAUUCACAUGUAAGUAAAAAGACGACUGACAGUGAAAAUCUGGAUGAACAAUUAUAUUAGAUAACAUUUGGUAUUUCCCAAACAAAAAUAAUUUACGAGAACUGUUUCUGGGCAUUGGCAUGAUCACCCUGAAGGUCUGGUCAGAGCAUAGACCCUAGCAACAGUCUACUCAAGUUAGCAACAGUCUGCUACGAGGAAUAUCAGACCGUUGCUAUGAAAUGUUGCUACACAAAGCUGAAUGGGAGAAACAAUCGACUGUUUAGACAGUAUUUCCUUCAAACAGAACUUCUGAUUCUAGUGUUCGUCCAACUGCGAGCCAGGCCAUCUUCUACAGACUCACAAAUUGUUCAUAGUGAAGCCUCAGUUGUCUUAGAUCAUGUAACUUCAUUUCCAUCAGCUUUCAUUCAAAUUUAGCAGCCAUUACAUAAGCUAAAUAACAAUAUAGCUCCACAAAAAUAAAGAUUCUGUUAAAUUCAUAACUAAUAUUAGGCCAGCUAACGAUAAAUUCUGACAAUUUGUAGCGAAAGUAGUCCAAUGUAACCGAAAUAGUAUUGGUCUUAUACCAAAGAGCCUUAGUGUUAGCUUUCAGCUAUUUCUUAGCUCGUGGCCACGUUAGCUAGCAAAUAACUGAAUGCUAAAGUUAGUUGUCGUCUGAUAGUGGCGGAUGGUUGAUAAAAAAUGAACUUGUAUGUAACAUAUUGUUAAUCCUCCUCUAGAUUUUCACAGUCUGUUGUCUUUUGACACGUACAUCAGUCGUGAAGCAGAGAAACACCUUUACAAUUCACAACCUGUAACGUUCAAACGCUAACAGCUGAGUGACAACCGUCAGUCUAAAAUCAGGGGAAAAUAGCUGCUGUGUGUUAAGUGAAGACGGCUUUGUGUGGAAAAAAAGAAACUUUAGAAACAACUUCUAACUUUUCAACACCGUGUUUACAUCCAGGUAACCUUUUACUGCUCAUUUAUUCACCCACCUGAACACUCUGUCAGCCUGUGAGACAAAUAUGAGGGAGUUAAUCGUCCAUUUCUGUCAUUUUGUUCGAUUAAAAGUCGAAAUAAACAAAUCUGCACAUUUUAACCUCCUCAAACAACAUAAACCGGGUAAACCAGCUCCAGACCAAAUCUGUAGUCUUACUUGUGAACACUGGGUGGCGCACUGCGACCAUCUAAACUGUUAAACCACAGUUGGCUUAAUGUAGUUUUAAUAAUUACUCAGUUCCUUUCAUGUUUAUAUUUAUUUAAGAUGGUUUUGACUGAAUUAAAUAACAAAGUACUAACAUUUAUAUUUAGAAAUACAUCUAUAACACCUGUAACAAGAAAUUUACGCUACAAUAAAGACUAUUUUGAAGACA